CCUCAGUUAUGUAUUUCUGAGUUUCAUCAAAUAAAUGAGAAAUUCCAGCGGGACGCUGGAUGUGCAAACCCAAGCUGGGUGUUCAGAAGACCAUGUGUAGGAAGUGAGAGACGAUGAUGGAAGGGAAAGGUCCAUAUCGCAUCUAUGAUCCUGGUGGGAGUGAGGUCAAAUCCAGAGAUGAGACUGUUGGGAGUAGCAGUUAUCGACAGUUGCUGGAGGAGAACAGUAUGCUGAGGGAGAGGAUGAAGGGACUUAAGAGCUUAGGUGAUUUGCUGGAGGAGUCUCAGUCAGAGGCGUCAAGGCUUCGUCAGCGAGUGGAGGAACUGGUGAAAGACAAUGAAGCCUUAAAGUCGUCCAGUUUUGCUGCCAGUCUGUAUAUGGGAGGGCCGGUUCAGACCGAGACACAGAACAAACCUUGUUUACACUCAACUGCUGAGAAAGAGGAGCAGACGAGCUGUUUAGGGCAGACCCUUCAGCCCGAGAGGUCCAAUGAGGUCUUAUCAGAAUUUGAUGCAGUGAAUAUGGAGGGAAAGAACUCUGAUGCCUUGACGGCUGGGUUAGAGGCAAGAGUGACUCCCCAACUUCCUGUGGAGAACAAUGAGCUGGCGAGUGAGCUGAAGAGGCUCGAGAGUUCCUUCAGCAUAUUCGCAGAGGAGUCCAACCCGAACCAGCUCCUAGCUCAUCUGGGCCGCAUGGCUGUGGAGUUUCACCACCUUUCCUCUAAGGUCCAAAGGAACGAGCAGAGGACCUCCCUCUUACAGACUCUCUGUGAGCAGCUGAGACAAGAAAACAAUGAGCUUCGAAAUAAAAUGGAAGAAGACCAUGACAUCAGGAAUCGAGACUUGGAGCAGCUGAGACAGGAGAACCAGAAACUUAAGGAGCUAGUCACAGGAGGUGUGGCAGUGGCAUCGACUGUGUAUCCAUCAGACACAAAGACUCCAGAGACCAAAGAUGAGACGGUGAGAGAAGAAUUGCCUGCUGUACGACCUAAGAUGGAAGCUGCCAUGCCUCAGAAGAGUGGAAAAUCUGUUGAGAGAAACCCAGCUAAACCAUGUGACAUAGAGGUGUAUGAAAAGAAGAUCAAGCUUUUGGAGAAGCAGAGAAAGGAUGUUCUGGAGGUAAACAAGCAGUGGGACAUUCAGUGGAACUCUAUGAAGUCACAGUUUGAACAAAAGAUCACAGACCUCAGGCAUCGACUGGCCGAAUCACAGAAAACUGUGGUGGAGCUGGAGGCUGAGCGAGAGCAGAGGCAGCGCGACUACGACAAAAAGCUACUGCUGGCUAAGUCCAAGAUUGAAAAUGUGCAGGUGAGAAAAGACCCUGGAAGAAAGGGAGAGAAAGAGUGUUUAAACUCAGAGACCACUGAACUGAAGCAGAAGAUUCGCUACCUGCAGGAUCAGCUGCUGCCCCUUAGCAAACAGAGGGAGUAUCAGGAGAAAGAGAUCCAGCGCUUAAACAGGGCCUUAGAGGAAGCCUUAAACCUACACACCCCUUCAUCCUCCCAACAACCUCCUGGCCAGGGGAACUUUGCAGAUGCAACCAAUAACCUUAGAAAACAGGAACUUCUCACUCAAAUCGCUGUGCUAAAAGAACAGGUAAAAAUCUUCGAGGAGGAUUUUAGAAAAGAACGCAGCGACAGGGAGCGAAUGAAUGAGGAGAAGGAGGAUUUGAGGAGGCAAGUUGAGAGACUUCAGGGCCAGAUUACCAAUUUGACAAAUCAGCUGCAUCAGGCACAGAACGAGUGUCAGAGAGAACGCACGGAGAGAUGUAAGCUGGAGAGACUACAGAUGCAGCAUCACAAACAGGGGCAGCAGCAAGAAAGACGAACCUCAGACCCCACGUCAGGCUCAGUGAAUGGCCCGCUGAGCCCUCCCUACUGUGGUCCCUUUGUGCAGGUGGGAACGCAGGGGCUUGAAGGUUGGCCCAUACACUUCCCGCCCCGGAUGCCCAAUGCAGCAGGCGCCACAACAGCAGCCGCGGCGUCAGCAGCACCACCUCCUGCUCGAGACAUCCAGCCUGUUACCCCGAUACUUUUUGGCAGGAACAAAUUUGUCCCUCAUUCUUCAUUCGGGGUUUUCCCUGGCAGAUGUCAGUCCCGCAACCACGAGGGUCCAGAGCAGUAGGAGAGAGUUUAAGACCACCGCCACCAGAGAAUGCAGAUUCAGCAGCAACAGGGUUUGGAAAAAGGGAGAGACAGAACGUAGACCCUGGAAAGCACUAAAGCAUCACUGUACACCCCACCAUCCCAAUGUCUGGGUCUGGGUAGUAGCAUGAAAUUGUUUUUUUUUUUUUUUUUUGAGUUGACAAGGCGUGAUUAAUAUAUAAUUUUCCUACUGAACUGUAAAUAUACUAUUGUUGUUUAUACUUGCGUUUUAUAAGGCUAUUUGUGAAACACUUGGCUAUUCUGAAUAUACAUAUAGAUAUGUAAAUUUUUUUAAAUCAGAAACUUCAGUCAUUUUUAGGUGGGUUGGAUUAAUAAUUGCCAUUACUUAUUUUUUUGUUUUUACUUCCACAAAUUAUACUAAUGUAAUUGUUUCUGUGAGUCCAUAACAACUUAAUCCUUACCUUUGUUCCUUGUAGGGUUACAGAAAGCCAUCCCCCGAUGCAUCUAAGACAAUGUGCGCAUUCCAGCAGUGAAUGAUUAUAUAGGUACACUGAUCAUAGAACUUAACAAUGUGAAUGUCAAUUAAUUUCUGAGGAUUUCUGCAGUGCCAUCAAUGUUCUAGAGCUGUCUAAAUAGGUGUAACUGUUCAAAAGUGGUUGUUGAAAAACAAAAAUUUGGAGAAAUUUAUCUUGAUGGUAUCAUACCAAAAACUUGAUUGUGAUUACUAAUAAUUUAUUUAUAACCUGCUGUUUUUGAUAGUUGCAUUCAGUAUGUGUUAAUCAUUGUCUUUAGUAAUGCUGUUCUUUCUUUGUUGUUGUAAUCCCAAUAUAUUGUAGCUAUUGACAUGGUAUGUUUGUAUUAGACACAAAACGAGGCACAUUUUCCUUUUCCCCAUGAUGAUGGACCUAUACUCAUUAAUCAACACCUCUACUCGGUUUGAAAAUGCAUUCUAAUAUUUUUAGUCAUCUUUCUGCAUCCUGUACAACAUGAAGAGGUUCCAGCACCAAUCAGGAGGAAGCAGUCAGAAGAUCUGUGGUAAAAUUCCUGAAGAGAAAAACCUCUCAGAUGUUUGGCUUUGCUUUCUGCCUCCAUCAACAACCAGCAAUUCAUGUCGUGGGAGGAGGUUAACAUGCCAAAUACUAUAACACAAUAUAACAUCUUGUAAUGAUUUGUUUGUUUUUGAAAAGGGUCAAUCAGAUUUUAGAACUCCAGACUUGCUCUUUUUUUUUAAAUUUCCUGUAUUUUAAUUUUGUCAAAUGAAGGGCUUCAAAAUGUGUGGAUAGAAUUUUAUUGGGAAAAUGCUUGAUUUUUAGAAAACUGUUAGGGAAGAAAAACCUGAUUGAGGGCUGAGGUGAGACGUAAGCUGAGUUGCACUUUGAAAGGUAUGCUGUAAUUUCUGACAGUUGUAAUUUCCUGGUUUAUAGCCUUUUUGUUUUUGCUGUUAGCAAAAAGCACAUGUAAAACUUUUUGUAAUUGACGGGCCUAAUAAAUUUAUUCUAAAUGUC